AUGGAAGUAAUCGAAAUCGAAGUUGAGAAAGAAGUGACAAAUCCGUUUGUCAAGAGUGGCUUGGUGAGGACACCGCCGCCGCAAACCCAGCAGGUGCAAAAGCAGCACACGAACGAGCAGCAGGCUCAGCAGCAGGGUCAGCAGCAGUAUAGCGCGUGGACGAAACCACCACAACCACCGAGGGUAGAGGCAGCGAAAAAGUUGGUGGACGAGCUGCACGAAUAUGUGGAUAAGAGAAGUAACGUGCACAAAGACAUCAAGGCGUUGGUGAUUAAGCUCCAAGGCGCUCUUGGUUCUGCUGUAAAGGAGUGGAAAAACGUAGUGCAGAGAGCAGAAGCUGGGGAGAAGGAGUUGUUAGCGGCGAAAACUGCUUUAGAGGCACGUCGCGCAGCGCAAAUGCAAAGGGCAGAAGCCGACACAGUUACGAGGGAGGUCAACACGGCGAGUAGUGUUCACCCUGGGGUGCAGUCCACGCCCUUCUUCACACCAAAGAGGCCAAGGGCAUCGCCUGGAGAUGUUAGACCAGGUGGUCCCAAGAGACACAAGGAUGCCCGUGUCACUGGAGCUAAACUACCACCAGAAGCAACCGACGCGGUAAACAGCCGCACUGAAAGGCAGGUCGUCGGCAAAAAAAAGGAGAAAGCGAGCAAAAAAAACCCGCCCAAAAAACGUAAGGUCGUCAGGACGAGGAAUAAGAGCGAGGCUCUCAUCGUCAAAGCGAGCGACGACUCGUACGCCGAAGUCCUACGCGCUAUGCGGAUGAACCCGGAUCUUAAGGAGCUAGGGGAAGACGUGCAAAAGGUCAGGCGCACUCGUAAUGGUGAGAUGCUUCUAGAGCUGAAAAGAAACCCCAAAACAGGCAGCAUCUCGUACAAGGAGCUUACCGAGAAAGCCCUCGGAAACAAGGUGGAAGUAAGAGCCUUGUGCCCGGAAGCGACUCUCCGGUGUAAAGAUCUGGACGAGAUUACUACGGAGGAGGAGGUAAAAUUAGCCCUGAAGGAGCAAUGCGAGCUAGGAGAGGUCCAGAUGACCAUCCGUAUCAGGAAUGGACCUGACGGCACCAAGGUAGCCUUAAUUAAGCUGCCAGUAGAUGCAGCUAAUAAAGCGUUGAAAGUGGAGAAAAUAUGUGUGGGUUGGUCUGUGUGUCCACUGAGCGUUUCCCAGCUACCGGACGUGUGCUUCAAGUGUCUGGGUUUUGGUCACUUCGCACGGAACUGUCAAGGGCCGGAUAGGAGCAAACUAUGCAGAAGGUGUGGCGAGGAAGGUCACAAGGCAAAGGAUUGCACGAAGCCUCCGAAAUGCCUAAUUUGCGCUGCCACGGGGGAUAACAAACAUCCUACAGGCGGUAGCAGAUGCCCGGCCUUCAAACGAGCGAGUGCAACGAAGUCCCAGUGGAGAUGCGAUGUUGCGAUAAUUUCGGAGCCAUACCAAAUUCCACCCGGAGAUGGAAACUGGACAUCAGACGGAGCCAAAACAGCAGCGAUAUGGGCAGUGGGAAAAUACCCCAUUCAAGAAGUGGUGCACUGCGCAGAUGAAGGGUUUGUUAUAGCCAAAAUCAACGGAGUCUUCAUAUGUAGUUGUUAUGCACCUCCACGAUGGACGAUCGAACAGUUCAACCGGAUGUUGGACAAACUAACGGAAGAGCUAACCGACCGAAGACCAGUAGUAGUAGCUGGUGACUUCAAUGCCUGGGCGGUCGAAUGGGGCAGCCGCCUCACGAACUCAAGGGGAAGCAGUCUUCUGGAGGCCCUAGCUAAGCUGAACGUAGAUCUUGCCAACGACGGUACCACUACCACCUACCGUAAGGAUGGUAGAGAGUCCAUCAUAGAUGUCACUUUCUGCAGCCCGGGUAUGAUAAGGAGCAUGCACUGGAGAGUGUGCGAAGAAUACACCCACAGCGAUCACCAAGCGAUCCGGUAUUGUGUUGGACGCGACUCGCAGGUGGAAUCAAGCAGAACGCAGUUUGGUGAGCGAAAGUGGAAAACAGCGAACUUUAACAAGGACGUAUUUGUGGAAGCACUGAGGCUCGAGCGCAACACAAUAAACCUCAGCGCGGAAGAGCUGACUGCAACACUAUCACGUGCGUGUGAUGCAACCAUGCCUAGAAUGGGAAAACCCAGAAAUGGGCGACGUCCGGCGUACUGGUGGAAUUCGACGAUCGCUGACCUGCGGACACGUUGUCUACAUGCCAGGAGAAGGAUGCAGAGAGCUAGAAACAGCGGCGAAAGGGAGGAAAGAAGGUUGCCCUAUAGAAUAGCAAGAGCCGCACUCAACAAGGCAAUCAGGCUCAGCAAGAAAGAGUGUUUAGAAGAGCUGAACAACAACGCCAACGAGAAUCCGUGGGGUAAUGCCUAUAAGAUGGCCAUGGCAAAGAUGAAAGGUCCAGCAGUUCCACCGGAUAGGUGCCCGGAAAGGAUGAAAACUAUUAUCGAGACCCUGUUCCCGAAGCAUGAGCCUACGAUAUGGCCGCCAGUACUGUACGACGUACAGGAUGUCCGCGGCGACGAAAUCCGAGUAUCAAACGAGGAGCUGAUUGCUGUAGCGAAAGCCUUACCGGUGAAGAAGGCUCCAGGCCCGGACGGGGUUCCAAAUGUGGCCCUUAAAGCUGCGAUUCUGGAGAAUCCAGACAUGUUCAGGACUACAUUCCAAAAAUGCAUGGAGGAUGGUAGUUUCCCUGACAUCUGGAAGCGGCAGAAGCUGGUGCUGCUACCAAAGCCAGGCAAACCACCCGGCGAUCCGUCAGCAUAUAGGCCUAUAUGCUUGUUGGACACAGUCGGAAAACUGCUGGAGAGACAAGAGGAGGUUACUGGCGAGCGUGUCAUCAUCGAUCGUACGAUACGCAGCUCCAGCGUGGUCGAUGGCAUUGACAACAGCAAGGAACCGAGCCCAGUUGAACCGCACUUUCAGACUGAUGGCAAUGCGCGUGACAAAUUUGGCCACGCAAGGUCGCCGUUGUGUGUUGAGUGCCAGGAAACAGAAGAAACGCCGGAGCACGUAAUAUUCAGCUGUCCACGGUUUAUCCAACCGCGUAGCGAAAUGACUGCCAUCGUUUGCGCCGAUGUCAGUGUGGAGAACAUCGUUCAAAGGAUGUGCAGUGACGAAGGAAAAUGGAACGCGGUGAACCGGACAGUUGUUCAGAUUAUGUCCACACUGCAGAGGAGUUGGCGAGAAGAGCAGCGUCAAAUGACCUAG